GCCAGGUUGCUUUUCGUUGUUUCACCAAUUUGGCGCACUGGCGCAGCGUUUUUUCCACGACCGCAUGGUGAAGCCACUGUGCUGGGAAUGAGGUGCUGGCUGUGGCUGCCAUUGCUGCUAGGAAGUGCAGGAAGUGAGGAGUUGUCGCCGGUGCUUCGAAAAGAAAAGAUCCUUCCGCAAGCUCACAGCUCAAGGAGGAAGACAUGGCAGGUGGCUGUUGAUGCCUCAGCGGCUAUGCAUCUGGAUCAGCUGGAUCACCUGGAUCGCACAAGCAUCGAGGAGCCACGGCGCCGCUCCAAUGGCUCCAAGAGUCGUGUCCAGGGGAGUUUGGCUCAGCAGAAAGCCAAAGAUAUCUCAGGCGAAACCAUGUAUCUCACCCUGGUGGUGGUGGUUCUCACUGGCAUUGCCCUUGGGGUUCUCAUUCCCUUAGCCGUCAACUACUACUACGAAGAGAUGGCAACACCUCCUUGGCUGCGUGAUCUCCUCAACGAGGUGGCUGCGCCUCAGCGCGAGCCCGGUGAUGCCGUGCCGUCCAGCGGGCCGCGGGCGGGCGAGCCCGCGCCGCGCGGGCGCAGUGUGGACGAGGAGAUCUAUGCCCGGAGUCCUUACGAGAGCCCUCGGGUGCGUCGGCAACGCAGCAGCAGCUCCUCUCGCCGCCGCCGCGCCCGCGCGCGCGAGGCGCGUGAUGCGGCGGCACGACAAGCUGCUCCGCCGCAGGGCGAGGCUGUCUCCUACGAGACCUCGGCGGGUGAGGCGGACGUGUCCACCGGGGACGACUUUGAGAAGGCGACCUUGGUCGGGCUGUCGAAGAUUCCUCAGGAGCAUCCGCUAGGUCCUAAGCAGAUCUCCAGUGACGAGGCUGGAGAUUCCCCCGGCAGCGCUGCCGCAGCGCGGCUGCGGCUGCUGCGCAACGAGUGGCUCCAGGCGGCGGAGGGCCGCGGCGGGCGAGGAAUCACCGAGAAGAGGGUCUCCGAGGAGAGUACAACUGCUGCAGAAGAUUCGACAUCCUCGAGUUCGCUACACAGGAUUGUGCGAGACUCUCGUAGAGGACGCUCCCCGGAUGAGCCGCAGACGCCAAAGUCCAGCUCCUCUAAGCGUACCGUCUCCUUCGACAACAAAGUCGAGGUGAAGAACUUGGAAUCCGAGCACAAAUUGAUGAAAAAGCGGCCCGAGAGUGGCAGUUCACAGCGAAGCCCCAAGAAGGAAGACCGCAGGGUGCAAGGACGCAGCCGCUCACCGAAGGCUUAGCCACUGGACGACACCGAAGCAAAA